CUGCAGUGGACAUCUGCGCGUCACUAAAAAGUGUAGGAGUCGAGAAACUUCACGAAUGUAAAUAGCUAGCUUUCUGACAUAGCACAAUCUAUAAUUUGCUAUAUUACAAUAAGCUUUAAUAGCUGUAGUUGCUUUAUCUGAAGUAUAUUUCCAUUAUGCCUCGGAAGAAGCCAUUCAGCACCAAGCAGAAGAAGAAACAGCUUCAAGUGAAACGGGAGAGAAAGAGAGGUGACACAGGCUCAGGACCAAGUAGCCGCCAUGCCAGCAUGGAGAGAGGGAUGGACAGAGAGAGGCAGUCAGACACCUCAGACAGUGAGACCACCGACAUCAGGAGGUUGAACCAACAACCCUCCAGUAGGGAAGGCAGAUACGACCCCAACAGGUUCCGGCUGCACUUUGAAAAGGAGAGCAAAGAAGAGGUUGAAAGGAGGAAAAAGAUUGCCAGAGAGAAGAUUUUGGAGGAGGUGUCAGAGAAAGAUCUGGAAGUGAACGUUGACAAUCUGUACCCCACAGAGAGAGGUCUUGGUUUUCCACGGCGACCUCCCUGGAAUUAUGGGAUGUCGCGGGAGGAGUUGCUGAAAAAGGAAGAGAAGUCAUACAGAGAGUAUGUAAAUGACCUGCACUCCAGGAACCCCCCUGGAUCCCUCAGUCAUUUUGAGCACAACUUGGAGACAUGGAGGCAGUUGUGGAGAGUACUGGAGAUGUCAGAUAUUAUCCUGCUCAUCGUAGACAUCCGGCAUCCGGUGCUGCACUUCCCCCCGACCCUGUACCGCUACAUCACAGACGACCUGCAGAAGCAGGUGGUGCUGGUGCUGAACAAGGCCGACCUGUGCUCCCCUCCCCUGGUGUUGGCGUGGAAACACUACCUGUCCUCCCAGUUCCCCCUCCUCCACAUUGUGUGCUUCACCUCCCACCCUGGGCAGCCCUACAGCACAGUGCUUCAAAAGAAGCGCAUGAGGAAGAAGGGGGGCUGUGGGCAGGCGGGGGGGCCCUUCCACAUCCUGAGGGCGUGUCAGGAAAUCACAGCAGGAAGAGUGGACCUGUCCAGCUGGGAGAAGAAGAUCCAAAGAGAUUCCGUUGCCGAGCAACCGGGUGGGGAGCAGCCCGAUGACGGGUUGGAGUCUGUGCUGGUUGAGCACCAUAGCGAUGUCGCCAUGGAGAUGAGCGGCCCGACAAAGGAGCUGUAUAAAGAUGGGGUCCUUACGGUGGGCUGUAUAGGCUUCCCUAAUGUGGGGAAGUCGUCCGUUCUGAACAGUCUGGUGGGGAGGAAGGUGGUGAGCGUGUCUCGAACUCCCGGCCACACCAAAUACUUCCAGACCUAUUACCUCACCCCUACUGUCAAACUGUGCGACUGCCCCGGGUUGGUCUUCCCCUCUUGUGUCGACAAACAGUUACAGAUCCUGGCAGGUAUCUACCCUGUGUCUCAGCUCCAGGAGCCCUACAGCUCGGUGGGUUACCUGUGUGAGCGCACCCCCUUCCUGGAGGUGCUGAAGCUCAGGCACCCCAGCCUGGAGGACGUCAAGGCCCACGUGAACAUCCAGGAGAGCCAGCAGGGCCAGAGGGAGCUCCGAUGGACCGCCUGGGACGUAUGCGAGGCCUGGGCCGACAGGCGGGGAUAUAAGACAGCGAAGGCGGCGCGUAACGACGUGUACCGAGCCGCCAACAGCCUGCUGAGGCUGGCCGUUGAUGGCAGGCUGUGCAUGUGCCUCCGACCACCUGGCUACCACGAGCAGAAAGACCAGUGGGAGUCCCACCCAGACCUGGCCGAGAUCAUCGCCCUGCAGGGGCGGGCUGAAGAGGGGGGUGCUGAAGAGAAGGAGGAGGAGGAGGAAGGAGAGUCCAGCUCGGAGCCGGAGGAGGAGAGAGACAGGGACGCAGACGACGACGAGGACGGAGACGAUGAAGACGAGGGGCUGGGGCAGCCCAAGAGGAAGCCCGCGCCGCCCUCAAACCUCACGGUCAACAUGUUCAACGUCCUCAGAGAGAACGAGUGCGAGUGACGGAGUAGGGGGGAUGAGAGAAGGAUAGCCACCCCUUCAGUCGGCCUCUCUACCCCUAACGCGUUUUGCUUUCAUUCCUAUUUCCUUUCGUUGACUUGCGUUCCUUUUUCCACUCCUUCUGACCCCUCACACUCCUCCUGAACCGUCACCCUCUUUCAAUCUGUUUCCCCCUCCGUCUACACCCAUUGCCUUUUAAAAGCUUUGAGAUCGAUCCCACCCCCCCACCCCAACCACACACACAGUCAUUUUUAGUUUUCAGAGUAAUUUCUCUUCCCCACUCACUCGCCCAUCUGACCCCCAAAGUAUAACUUCUAGGAUUGACUCUUGGUUUGUUUUCACCCCUUACCCUGCAUGUAGAUCUUCAUAGAUGGGGUUUUUUCAACCUCCCUAGCAGCUGGGAAAAUCACGGUGUGACCAUUUAUUGGUUCUCCAUUUUCCGUUCAUUUACAAGUGACCUCAUAGCUGAGAUGCCAAAGGUCAACACAGAUCUUUUAGUCCGCAGCCUAAAGAAAGAGAUGAACCAGGACCAGACACUGAUGACGACGAUGCCAUUUAGUUCCAGAGCCAGAUGCAUAGUCCUGAAACCCCCCCAAUAUAUUAUGAUCAUCGUCAUCAUCACUGUCUUCAUCCGCCAUCUUGUUUCAGACCACGGCAUGACCUUGCUUUGGUGGAAGGUGGGGCGUGGCGUGGGGUUCGAAAGACACCCCGGGGCGUCCCUGCACAACUGGAACGGCUGAAGCUUCAUCACAGAUGUGCCAGUGGUUAACCCAGCAGGAGGAUUCCACUCCAUGUUUCAAUCAUCUGAAUGUUGUUCUUUUUUUUUUUUUGCAGGAUUGUUGCCUAGUGAGGGUUCUAGUCUACAUUUCUGUGGUUCUGUUAUUUAGUGUUCUCAUCUCCGAUUCAAUGAAGGAGGGGUGGGGGGGUGGUUGGGUGGGGGGUCCCGAUGUUCUGGACUAUUUGGGGUUGAACAUGUAGUGUUAUAACUACUACAGAGAACGUCAGAGACUCUAACCUGACUUCAUACAGUAGUGCAUUAUGUUAAGCUGUCAGUUGUAUUUACUGAUUGAUUGAUUGACUGACUGAACUACUUCAAGCCAGAGCCAUAAACCGAGACAGAGAUUGGCCACUGCAUUUUCACUCUAUGAAAAACAGAUUUAAAAAAUAUAUAUAUCAUAACAGCCAUGUUUGCACCUCAAAGCCAAUACAUAAAGUAGAGGAACUACAGUAUAGAAAACUGUAUGUCUAAACGCCUCAACUUGGCCUUUGACCUUUCGGUGGGCCGGUCCCUCUCCGCCCUGUCUCUGCUGUCACCCUGUAAGUGCUGUGUCAUAGCAACGCUGUGUGACCUCACACCCUGUGUAUGUUACAUGUCACACAGAGGGAACACCUUGCAGCAUAGUGCUGUUUUACCAUGUCAUACACCGGGGCGUACUGACAUCACUGGUCUCUACCCACGGUACGCUGGAAACACCAAUCAACACAAUUUCAGCUUCAAGUACAGCGGACAUAAGUGUGUUGCUAUAGUCUUUUGUGGAGUUGUUUAAGAAACAUGUUAAAAAGACUGACCUGUUAGCGAGUGAGAUUAGAGAGUGUGCGUGUGUGUGUUUGCGUGAGCGUGUUUGAGGUGUGUGUAUAUUGCUGCAUUCCUCAUUUCAUUCCGGCCAUUAUGCCUAAUGACAAUGAACUGAAUUGCUUCCUGCAAUAAAGAUGAACCCUUUGAACAAA